AUGUCUACUCCUGCUAAGAAGAGAUUGAUGAGGGAUCUCAAGCGGAUCCAACUGGAUGCUCCAAGUGGAGUAUCUGCUUCACCCUUGGCUGAUAACGUGAUGACGUGGAAUGCAGUCAUUAUAGGACCUGGUGAUACUCCCUUUGAAGAUGGUACAUUCCGCCUUGUUCUUCAGUUUGAUGAACAGUACCCCAAUAAACCUCCACUGGCCAAAUUUGUUAGUGAGAUGUUCCAUCCAAAUGUAUAUGCUCUGGGAGAGUUGUGUUUAGAUAUUCUUCAGAACAAAUGGUCACCCACAUAUGACGUGUCGAGUAUUUUAACGUCCAUUCAGAGUUUGCUUAAUGAUCCUAACAUUAGUUCUCCUGCCAAUGUCGAGGCAGCUAAUUUGUUCAAGGACCACAGAUCACAGUACAUAAAGCGAGUUAGAGAAACAGUAGAGAAUAGUUGGCUUGAAGACGAUGACGAUGACGAUGACGAUGACGAUGACGAUGAGGACGAUGACGAUGAUAUUGAAGAAGAUUAA